CGAUAAAUUGUGGUAAGAACGUUUUAUUUUAGUCUCGUCUGUCGUCACUUCUUUAAUAUAAGUGUGUGAUAAGUGGCUUUGCUUGACAAAGCUUUCAUAUUGAUGCCAUAAUUGAAUGAAUCUUGCAUGCAUUAUGCCUUCAUAGAUUUGUAUCUGUGCUGAUUGGCAAGUAUCGAUCGACGUGGAGUGUGCUCACAAUGUGGGUGUGUGCGUGAUGAUUGGAGGUACUUGAGCUCAAACUCAAAGGGAUUGUGGAUGCAACGCUUUACUCUGUUGGAUUAUUUACCAGUACAGACAGAUGACAACUCCCUCACAGUCUCUUCUGAAUGAUGUGGAUUGUAUCCAGCUUGAGAAAAUAAGGGACCAUGUCUCUGAUGGGAACACGCCAGUAACAGGCUUUCCACCUAGAAAGACAAUGGGCAAGUUGGUCAGUGAGGUACCCCGACUGAGCACCAUCUCCGAGCAAGAGCUAGACAAGCCGGAUAUUGAUCCCAGCUCCCAUGAUCCCCUUGGUGGCAGUGAAUGGGGUGGAUCCACUUUCUCCAUGUGUUCUGACAAGUUUAAGAACAGCAGCAGCCGUUUUUCCUCUGAUGACUCAUACCAGCCAGACACCGGAGAUGACUGUGCAGGACUUCUGCUCGCUUGUCUGCAUUGUCGUUUCUAUGAGUUAAUGGUCCUGCUACCGGAUACAUGUGAGAGAGCUGUGAGCCGCUGUUUCCCCUCAUUCAAAUACAUCACGGCUUCCAGUGAGAUGGACCAGCAGGGAAAAGAUGGCUUGAGCUCCAAGCUGGAUGUGGACUGUAAUUGCUGCAGUUCUUGUCGGGACAUAUCAGAUCUUCUAGAGCUGGCCAUGGAGGUAUCAGAGAUGUGCUAUCGCUGACAAGGCCCCUUUUUGUAUUUAACCUUUGCCCUGCACACACGAUGAGUUCACUUCAAACAAAAUCACAAAGUCUUCCUCUAUAGACACUUAAAUGCUUAAAAUGCAGCAUUACAAUUGGAUUUCAUUGCUCUCUUGGGCUGCAAAUUCAGUCAUUGUAUGUAAAACAAAAAAUGUAAUCUUUCUUUUUCUGUUUGAGUCAUAAGGAAAUGUGCAUGGUUUAGAGGGUGUGUGC